AUGAACAAAUCUAGAAGAAGAAGCUCGACUCUGUUUCUUGUUCGGCUUAUCAUUCUGUCGCAUCAAAUUCUAUCAGUAGUUUGUGAAACCGGGCAGCACAAUGAAGAGAAACCAUCAUUCUUCCAGGUUGUAUCAAGCACCAUUUCAUUGUUGAAGAAAUCUCAUAAAAAUUCUUGGGAAAAGAUCAAAACCAUUAUCCAUGACUUCCAGUUGCAGUUUACUCCUCCAAAUCUAGAUUUUAGUGGCACAAGCACAGCAAAAGCUAGGGGUUCAGAUAGUGUAGGAGAGGAGAUGAAAGAAGCAGUCAAGAAAAGCAUUGGAACAAGUGAAGCAACGGUUGAAGAAACUGCGAAAUCUGCUGCAGAAGCUGUCCACAAGACCGCUGAGAAGGUGAAAGGGAGUGUCUCAGAUAAUGAAGAAUCUCAUGAUGAGCUUUAA